AAGUUCGGCCAGGAUAUACUGGUUGAGUUGGGUUCCAAUCUCCGAAUUCUCGAACCAAAACACACUCAGAAAGAGGGGCGAUGAAGAUAGUUACUUACAAUGUGAAUGGCUUGAGACAGCGCAUAGCGCAGUUUGGCUCUCUUCGGAAUCUGCUGAAUUCGUUCGACGCUGAUAUCAUCUGCCUUCAGGAAACAAAGUUGAGGAGGCAGGAAGUGACAGCGGAUUUGGUCAUGGCUGACGGAUACGAGUCAUUCUUUUCGUGCACCCGUAGCUCUGACAAAGGUCGAACUGGGUAUUCCGGGGUUGCCACAUUUUGUCGCGUAAAAUCAGCGUUUUCAAGUGACGAAGUAGCCUUGCCCUUAGCGGCUGAAGAAGGAUUCACAGGUCUUAUUGGGAACUCUCCCACUGGGAAAAGUGAAUUGCCUUUCUUCUUGGAAGGCCUACUAGGGUUUUCCAAUGAGGAGCUACUUGGUGUUGAUAGUGAGGGACGCUGCAUCAUCACAGAUCAUGGUCACUUUGUUCUUUUCAAUUUGUAUGGACCUCGGGCUGAAAGUGAUGACACAGAGAGGGUUCAGUUUAAGCGUAACUUUUUCACGUUAUUGCAGAAAAGAUGGGAGUCUCUCCUGGAUCAAGGAAGGAAAAUAUUUGUAGUUGGUGAUCUCAACAUUGCACCACAAGCAAUAGAUCGUUGUGAAGCAGGACCUGACUUUGAGAAUGAUGAAUUUAGAAGAUGGUUUAGGUCUCUGCUACUUGAAAAUGGCGGCCAAUUUUUUGAUGUUUUCAGAGCAAAGCACCCUGAUAGAAAGGAAGCUUAUACUUGUUGGCCUCAAAAUACAGGGGCUGAAGUAUUUAACUUUGGGACGAGAAUUGACCAUAUUCUGUGUGCGGGUUCCUGCUUACAUGAAGCAGAUGACCUGGAAGGCCAUAAUUUCAUAAGAUGCCAUGUUAAGGAGUGUGACAUUUUGACACAGUAUAAACGAUGCAAACCUGGAAGCAACCUGAGUGCCCAGAGGUGGAAAGAAGGUCGAAGCGUUAAACUUGAAGGAUCUGAUCAUGCUCCAGUUUAUGUUACCUUACAUGAAAUACCUAAUCUCUCUCUGCACAGUACUCCCCCCUUAUCUUCUAGAUAUGUUCCCGUGGUUCGUGGGUUGCAGCAAACGCUCGUGUCUGUGUUGACAAAAAGACGAGUUUCUGAACAAAUGAAAUCAUGCAAGAUGUCAGGCUUGCUUUCAGAUGAAGACAUUGUUACAGGGAGCACUUGUGAGAGGGUAAAAGAAUCAUUCGACAACAGUGGUUUGUCUGUCAUGCAUACCGGUGAUUGUGAUGUGGUUUCAAGCCAAGAUUCAGAAACUAAUCUUGAAUCGAAUGAACAGUCUGGCAGCUCUUCUCUGGAAGCUGUUGGUAACUAUUCAGUUUCAUCAGGCAGUGAACAUGGUAAAGUGGUACCUGUGAAAAGCAAUCGGUCCAAGAAAAAAGCAAGAAGUAGUCAAUGCUCCCAGCUUUCACUGAUGUCCUUUUUCAAAAAAAGUACGAAUGUUGACAAUAUGGUCAAAGACUCUUGUACUGAUAUUCAAGCUGAAUCCUCACAGCUUGACCAUCACUCAAAUGAGGCGUCUACUGUGGUUGAUCAGAGUGGCAGUUCCGAGCAAUAUGAGCUGUGCGCGGGCGUGUGUAAAGAUGCAUCUAAAUUUACUGAUGAUACGAAAAGGAAAGAAAGCAGUAAUGUGGCUUUAUUGGAGUGGCAGAGAAUACAACAGUUGAUGCAAAAUAGCAUACCACUUUGCAAGGGUCAUAAGGAACCUUGUAUUGCCCGAGUGGUGAAGAAACAAGGUCCUAACUUUGGUCGCAGAUUCUAUGUUUGUGCUCGUGCUGAGGGGCCUGCAUCUAAUCCAGAAGCAAACUGUGGUUACUUUAAAUGGGCUACAUCAAAAUCCAGGAACUGAUCCACACACUUGUGCUUCAAUUGAAGAAUGAGAACCUUACCAUUGCCCGCUUCCUAACUGAUGUGUAGCUGACAUCCUAGUUUUGGAUAAUUGCGAUCAAAUGUGUAGUCUCUUUCUGCAAUUUCUAACAUAUAUUAUUAUCAAUUGCCACAAAAUGAUUUUAUAUGAUUUAUUCCCU